GGCGGCACUUAGUGAGGUGGCCUCCCGUUUCCCACGCAGCGACUCCUGUUUCUCCGCGAUGCCUAGAUCGGACUCGGUCAGCUCUCCUCUCUGAGCCGGUCUCAGCGCGGAAAGCACAGAGGGAAUCCAUGGCGGAGUCCUCAGAGCCCGGGCGGCGGGCGGCCGCGGGCGGCGGGAGCCUGGACGAAGAAGAGGACGAGGAGCGGGAGCCGCUGCUGCCUCGGAUCGCCUGGGCCCCGCCGCGGAAGGGCGCCCCGGGGACCGCCGUGAGGCUGGUGGACGCUACGGGAGAGGCGGGUGCGUUGUCUCCUGGAGAGGCGGACGACAAGGAGCUGCUGCUCCGGCCGGCGGACUCGCCCCGCUGCCCCUCCCGGAGCGUCGGGCUCCCGCGGAGCUCGCCCAUCGACCUGGACUGGAGCCGCUCCGGGGGAUCAGAGUUGAAUGCAUUCUUGGAUGAUCCAGGGUUUGCUGAUGUUAUAUUGAAAGCGGAGCAAGCAAUCGAAUUUGGAGUUUUUCCAGAAAGAAUCUCUCAAGGUUCAAGUGGAAGUUACUUUGUGAAGGAUCCUAAAAGGAAAAUUAUUGGUGUGUUUAAGCCCAAAUCAGAAGAACCUUAUGGUCAACUGAAUCCAAAAUGGACCAAAUAUGUUCAUAAGGUCUGCUGCCCUUGCUGCUUUGGCAGAGGCUGCUUGGUUCCUAACCAGGGAUAUCUUUCCGAAGCUGCUGCCUCCCUGGUGGAUGAAAAGCUUCAUCUGGACAUUGUACCGAAAACAAGGGUGGUUUGGCUUGUCAGUGAGACAUUUAACUACAGUGCAAUUGACCGUGCAAAAGCUAGAGGCAAAAAGUAUGCUUUAGAGAAAGUGCCCAAAGUAGGUAGAAAAUUUCAUCGGAUAGGACUCCCUCCUAAGAUUGGUUCCUUUCAGUUAUUUGUUGAAGGUUACAAGGAGGCUGAAUUUUGGCUUAGGAAAUUUGAAGCUGAUCCUUUGCCUGAGAAUGUUAGAAAACAAUUUCAGUCACAGUUUGAAAGAUUAGUGAUUUUGGAUUACAUCAUCAGAAACACAGACAGGGGAAAUGAUAAUUGGUUAAUCAGAUAUGAAAAGCAGAAGCAUGGAACAGAAAUUAAGGAAGCAAAUUGUAUUGAUGAUAAAGAAUCGCUUAUUAAAAUAGCUGCAAUUGAUAACGGUCUAGCAUUUCCUUUUAAACAUCCUGAUGAGUGGAGAGCAUAUCCAUUUCACUGGGCUUGGCUUCCUCAAGCAAAAGUUCCUUUUUCUGAUGAAACAAGAAACUUGAUUCUACCAUAUAUUUCUGACAUGAAUUUUGUGCAAGAUCUAUGUGAAGAUCUUUAUGAACUUUUUAAGAUUGACAAAAGAUUUAACAAAGCCACUUUUGAAAGUCAGAUGUCUGUGAUGAGGGGCCAGAUCUUAAAUCUGACUCAGGCUUUGAGAGACGGGAAGAGCCCUGUCCAGCUGGUCCAGAUGCCUUGUGUGAUUGUGGAACACAGUCCAGGGAGAGGCCAGGGCCGGGUCGUCCACCUCAGCAGUUCCUUCACCCAGACUUUCCACUGCAGGAAGCCAUUUUUUUCCUCCUGGUAGCAGAUGUAGGAGAAACAAACUGGCGUUCUUCUGCUGUUAAAAUGUAAAAUGUAUUUACAUUACAUUACAGUAAUGUAAAUCUGCUCUUAAGUGCUUCAGUUGCCAAAACCUCACAUAAUGCGUGUUUUAAAGGUUAUGUUUUGAAUGUACUCGGAAGUUUACAGUUUUUUUGUCCAAAUAAUAACUUUUUAUUUCAGGGAAGAACUGAUAUAUCUCCUAUAUUGUAUUUUUGUAGAAAAAUUGUACUUUAUGUUGAUGGUGUUAGUUGAAAGGUAAUUUCAUGGUUUACACAUUCUGAAAUGACUGUAAUUAUUUUAGAAUUUCAGAUAGGAAAAUAAGAUUUGUCGACUGAAUAAAGUAACUUUUGAUAUACUUUUUAAAUAUUGAGAAGAAUGUUUGUUAAUUCUUCUUACAUUAUAAAAGGCCUUUGAAUAUGAAACCGCUCUUAUGAACUUAAUAGGUUAGUUAGUAGAAAAAUAAAUAAGAAUAAAGCAAUGUUGCCUUAAUUUAAAAAGCUGCUAUUUUAGAACUUGAAUAUUCCCAAAGUGACCAUUGUGAGGGACCAGAAAAUUAUAUCUUGUUUAAGUAAUUGAUGAGCAUUUCUUUUUGUACUUCAGAAUAUUUUUGCUCAAUUAUUUUGUUAUAAUGAGAAAAAAAAAUAAAGAUAUCCUUUUUUAAAAAAAAUGAAAACACUCAACUGAGACUUGAGAAUUAUAUAAAAUUAAGGUAGAUCUGUAAUAUUUUUGAAAUUCCAAAAUAGCAUUAAAAAUUCCUUUUUGUUCCUUGCAUAGAAUCAAUUACAUAAUAACUACUCCAGACCACUAAUCUUGUUCAGUCUAGUACUUCAGUUAGUAUUAUAAACAUCACUGAAAAGUAAACCAUAUCUCAAGGUGCAUAUUGGAUUAUAUUUUGGGGUCCAAGGAUAUAAACUCUUAAUAGUAACAGGAGUAUUAUCAGUUACUUGAAAUUCCCAAUGUUAUAAUUAGUCAAAUUUAGAACAUCAGCCCUAAUUACAGUGGACCAUGACAGAGAUAACCAUAAAAACAUUUAUGUUUGAUUUUGAAUGUCAGUAUGUCUGACAUUCUGGGAACUUGUACCACUUUUAAUUCAUUCAUUAAGUGAUUUUAAAUUAUGAUGAACCCAGUGUGAAGAUGUGAUUCUAAAGAAGCAGAAGUUUCAUUCUCUCCUUCAGGCUCUGAACAAACACCACCACCACUCGUGCUGAACUGGGCAGUUUGUAGUUUUUGGCCUUUUGCUUUUUGAGCUUUCUGUCCUGUGAUUUUUUUUUUUAAUUAAGUACUUGUGCAUCAAAAGUAUUUCCUGAAGGUUUAGUUAGGGUGCAAGGCAGGUGUGCGGACCUCCCUCUCUCCACUCCUUUCUCUUGACCUUGACGGAUGUGAUGAGUGAGAAUACUGCUCUCCACGCAGACGUGUUCUCCUACCUCCCCCGACCCUUCAUCACCUUAGUGAUGAGGUGAUGGAAAACUGGAAGCUUAAAGCGCAAGCUACUACCUUUAGAUAAAUACCAGGAAUUGAACUGUGCCUUUGAAGAUGAGUUCUAAAAGAACUAAGUUGUUAUGUGGGUACUGCUUUCAUAAAACAGGUUUUUGGGGUUUUAUGCAGUAUUUUGAGAAUUGCUAUAUUAAUUUUUAUAAUGAAAAUCUUAGUAAGUUACUACUGUUUUAUAUCUUAAAAUUAAAGUAGUGUGGAAAUAUUUUUUAAUGGCCUGACCAGGCCAGAAAAACUAAGUUGAAAUAUUUAAGAUGUGAUUAUAAGUCAGAGUACAUUGGUUAUAUUUUGUAAAUUUUUAUGAACUUAAUUCUUAUUUAAGUAUUGUGCUAACUUUUUUCAGUGAAUGUAUUUAUAGUGUCAAAUGGUAGACUAAAAGUAGUAAAAAUUGUUGUCUUAAGGCUAGAUUUCUCCUUAAGUAUGUAUAUUGAAUAUAUAGGUUUAUAAAUAUGUUUAUGUUUAUAAAUAUGUCAAACCGCCAUUUUCUUACUUCAUAUCUUAGUAGUACAGUUUAAUUCUUUAUAAUUCCAAAAGAUAUAUCUAACUGGAACCUUUAUAAUUGGGGACAUUUUAAUUUUAUUUAAUUAUAUGCUGCCUUAUUCUCCCUGGCAUUUGUCAGCAAUUGAAGACUCUGGAAACAUGAUGUUUUGCAGACUUGAAAACAAUUUGAUUCAUA